AUGGCCUCCCCAGCCUCGCCUUCAUCUGUGAACACCGCGGCUUCGCCGAGUCAAGCCCCGGCCGAGAAACCCUCUGCUCCGCCCAUCGACAUCCUCCCCUCUCUGCUCGCGCAGACCUAUUCCUAUGUGCAUCCCGCAGUCCUGCUGGGGCUAUGUGCCUUGCGAUUCGAGACAGUAGUUGCAGAUCCUGUGCGGGAGCUUCUCGCGGAUCUGCCAUGGCUGGCUGCUCUACAAAUUUCCUACGUCAUGCUCUGCCUACCGCCAGCGGGGACAACGUCUAUAGAAGUUGGCUCCGGGGCUGACGAGGAUAAGAAGAAGGCACCUCGCUCGCCUUCUGGCCCCUCUGUGACCCUGCGCCCUGGAAAGCCUGCGUACCGUCGAAAGCAGAGCUCCGGACGGAGUGGUUUGGCAGCUAUUUGGGCCAAAUUAAUGUCCGCGUUCCUGUCCCUUGCUCUUACCUCCCUUCUCGCCACCCCUAUGAUUGCCGUCCUUCUUGUUCUGUUUGGCGCACCGCUUACCACCCACAACGCUGAGACGCUGCUAUGUGCGGCUCAUAUGGCCCUCUUGUCUGCAACGGGGCUGGUUUAUGUGCACGGCGUGGAUGGCUCGAUCUGGAAGCAGGUAUGGGGAAUUGCCCGGCCGGCGGAUGCGGUCUGGGGCGGCGCCCUGGGAACUGGCCUGGGUGCUUGGUUCGGCGCUAUUCCCAUCCCUCUGGACUGGGACCGCCCAUGGCAAGCGUUCCCGAUCACUAUCCUCGCUGGAGCGUAUAUCGGUUGCGCAUUCGGUUCCUUGGUCUCUCGGACGCCUCUUCUCUAUGGGAAGCGGAUUGAGUUUGCGCCCGAACAAGUUGAAGAGGACGAGAAAAAGACCAAUUAA